UGUUUGUGUGUUCAGACGUUCACGGCAUGGUGCAACUCCCACCUGAGGAAGUCCGGCACGCAGAUUGAAAGCAUAGAGGAGGACUUCAGGGAUGGGCUCAAACUGAUGCUGCUGCUGGAGACCAUUUCAGGUGAACGGUUAGCCAAGCCUGAGCGAGGCAAGAUGAGGGUCCACAAGAUCAAUAACGUGAACAAAGCCUUGGACUUCAUCGCCGGAAAAGGAGUGAAACUGGUCUCCAUUGGAGCAGAGGAGACCUCUGCCAAGGAGGGUCUUCUCCUUUGGUGCCAGAGGAAGACCGCUCCCUACAAGAAUGUCAAUGUGCAGAACUUCCACAUUAGCUGGAAGGACGGUCUGGCCUUCAACGCUCUGAUCCACAGACACAGACCCGACCUCAUCGACUACGACAACCUCAGAAAGGACGACCCUGUGACUAACCUGAACAACGCCUUUGAGGUGGCUGAGAAGCACCUGGACAUCCCCAAGAUGUUGGACGCAGAAGACAUCGUGGGUACGCUGCGGCCGGAUGAGAAGGCCAUUAUGACCUAUGUGUCCUGCUUCUAUCACGCCUUCUCUGGCGCUCAGAAGGCUGAGACAGCCGCCAACCGUAUCUGCAAAGUGCUGGCUGUCAACCAGGAGAACGAGCAGAUGAUGGAGGACUACGAGAAGCUGGCCAGUGAGCUGCUGGAGUGGAUCCGCCGGACCAUCCCCUGGCUGGAGAACCGGACCCAGGAGAAGACGGUGACUGACAUGCAGGCCAAGCAGGAGGACUUCAGAGACUACCGCUGCGUCCACAAACCCCCCAAGGUCCAAGAGAAAUGCCAGCUGGAGAUCAGCUUCAACACUCUGCAGACCAAACUGAGACUCAGCAACAGACCUGCCUUCAUGCCGUCAGAGGGACGCAUGGUGUCUGACAUCAACGGAGCGUGGUACACUCUGGAGGGAGCAGAGAAGGGCUACGAGGAGUGGAUCCUCAGCGAGAUCAGACGUCUGGAGAGACUGGAGCAUUUGGCAGAGAAGUUCCACCAGAAGUCUAAAAUCCAUGAGUCCUGGACCGACGGUAAGGAGGCCAUGCUGACCCAGAAAGACUACGAGACUUGCACCCUGUCCGAAGUCAAGGCGUUGCUACGGAAACACGAGGCCUUUGAGAGCGACCUGGCGGCCCAUCAGGACCGAGUGGAGCAGAUCGCCGCCAUCGCACAGGAGCUCAACGAGCUGGACUACUACGACUCUGCCAGCGUCAACGCUCGCUGUCAGAAGAUCUGUGAUCAGUGGGACAGCCUGGGGGCCCUCACCCAGAACCGCAAGGAGUCUCUGGAGAGGACAGAGAAGCAGCUGGAGUCCAUCGAUGAGCUGUACCUGGAGUACGCCAAGAGAGCAGCGCCCUUCAACAACUGGAUGGAGGGAGCAAUGGAGGACCUGCAGGACAUGUUCAUCGUGCACAGCAUCGAGGAGAUCCAGGGUCUGAUCACAGCCCACGAGCAGUUCAAGUCCACCCUGGCGGAGGCCAACAAGGAGCGGGAGGCCAUCCAGGCCAUCCAGGCGGAGGUGCAGAAGAUCGCCCAGAGCAACGGCAUCAAGCUGAGCGCUGCCAACCCCUACACCACCAUCACCCCGCAGAGCAUCGACAGCAAGUGGGAGAAGGUGGGCUGUGGCCUGGACUUCCUGGGGAUUAUACCUGCACAAAGCUUAUGCA